GUGAUUUUUUAUCAACAGAGGCAAGCGACACAGACGGAGGACCCGAAGGGGGAAACGUAAACCCCAAAAAAAGAGCACCCAGACAUCGGGCACCCACCUCCACCUACCGCAAGAAAUACAGAUAGAUGCAAUAAACACCACGGGGGUGGCGACAGCAGUGGAAGGGGAUGGGGGCUUUGAUGUUCAGGGGGACCAGGACCAACAAGAACAAUUACAGAUUCUGAAUCUUUCUUCACACAGACUCACCGAUUCAGAAAUGUCAGUAUUGAGUAGAGGACUAACUUUCUCACCAAUGAGGAAACUGGACAAAUUUGAUUUCAUUAAGGAUACCUAUUUGUUUUGCAGAAAAAUAGUAUUGAAGCUGCUACAUGAUAAGCCUAUGAUGUCGUCAAGUCUGGAACGAGAUGAUCGAGAGAUAUUGCGUGACCUCAUGGACCUUUUGGAGGAGAACCAAACAGGGAGGAACUUGACCAGAGAGGAACAGCAAGCGAUAAAUGAUUUGAAGAAUAACAAGGACUUCCUGAUUAAGGAAGCUGAUAAAGGCGGAAACGUUGUCCUGUGGCCCUUAGACAAAUAUAUCUGUGAGGCAUUGAGACAGCUGAAUGACCGGAACUAUUAUCAACAAUUACCAUCAGACCCAACGGACUACUUCCAAAGGAGGUUCACACACAUUCUUGACUCAGCCCUGGAAUACGGAGUAAUUUCCAAAAAGGAACUUGAAUACCUGCAGGUAAAAGAGCCACGCAUUGCAACAUUCUAUAUGCUCCCUAAGGUACACAAAAACAGGGAAAAUCCACCUGGAAGACCAAUUAUUUCAGGGAUAGGAAGCCUAUGUGAAAGAGCUACUACCUACAUUGAUUUUUCUCUGCAGCCCCUGGUAACAGCACUACCAUCAUAUUUGAGAGAUUCUCUACACCUGAUGCAAAUGAUUAAGGACAUACAAAUCCCGAAAGGAACAUUAUUAGUUACAUGUGACGUAGAAUCACUGUACUCCAAUAUCGGACACCAAGAUGGCAUCUGUGCAAUUACAUACUAUUUGGAACAACAGGUAAACCGGGACAUACAGUUUGAUUCUUUUUUGAUUACGCUUCUGGAUUUUGUUCUACAUCAUAAUUUCUUUACCUUUGACAACAAAUUUUUUUUACAGAUAUCAGGCACGGCGAUGGGCGCACGUUGUGCCCCCUCCUAUGCCAACCUUUUUAUGGGUUGGUGGGAGGGGACACACGUGUACCCAUCGCCCUAUUUUCAUCAUGUACUCAAAUGGUUUAGGUUCAUAGAUGAUAUUUUGUUUCUUUGGACAGGUACACAGGAAGAAUGUUUGGAAUUUAUUUCUUUUCUUAAUCAGAACAACGUCAAUGUAAGACUGACGCACACUAUCUCCCCUUGGGCAGUGGAAUUUCUGGAUCUUCGAAUAGAGACACACCUUGAGGGGGAUCCCUACCGGACAAUUUCUGCGUGUGAGAAGAAACUGUAGCCGACCCCAAGAUUUCAAAGUACAGGCUUUGGACCUUACUAACAGAUUCAAAAAGAGGGGAUACCCGAAAAGUAUUAUAUCCCAGGCCUACCAAAGGGCUAAUGGCAUUGAGAGAAGAGCACUCCUUGAGGGGACUUCUAAAAGACUGGAGGAUAACACUAUAAGAUUCGUGGCCACAUAUAACAACCAGUGGCAGGACAUCAGGAAGAUAUUAGGU